GCGGAUGGCAAGGAUAUUUUUCUACAUUUGUGAUUACUUUGGAAGUAUAGAGAAAUGCAAUGUUCAAAGAAAUACCAUUCGGAUACGAAAACAAGCAACCCGACCCAAAAACAUUCCGUCGUGCAUCACAACCGAACCGCUUCAGCUAGUAGAUUUGUUACUCAAUUUACGAUUCUUUCAUCGCUAUCGGCUUAAAGUGGCAAAUGCACUGGCAAACUAUGGUGUACCGUCGAAAACACUCGUCGUAAAACUGGUUCCUCCCGCCAAAGAGCACUUAGAUUACCAUUGGGGUGAACGUGCCGUCCGCAUGAUAUGGGAAUUGGUGGAAAUAACCGAACUAAUGGCAUGGCUUUCAACUCUCGGUGGUGCCUUCUCCGCCCUCGGCAAUUAUCAACCGGCCUGUGCCGAUACGGCGGGUAAAAUUUCGCUGCACCAAAUGGAGCUAGCCUUUCGGUUGGGUGAUCCUUCACUCGUUGCCCGGUGCAAGCUGUACCUUGCCAUAUCGCUUGUACAGAGGGAGCAGUUUGCGGCCGCUGGACACAUCGUACGGCACGUGUACCGCCACGAACGGAAGCAAACGGUACCUGAUACGCGGCUACUGAAAAUGUGCCAAGGCAUAUGGUCAAAGCUGCGGUACGAGUACGAUAUCUAUCGCAGAAAUGUGGCCCGCAAAAAGACGUAA